AUGUCUGUCCUGUUUCUUCGUUCGCCUUUCAUUUGCCGUCGUUGCCUUCAGGUAUCGCGUCGGUGCCGAACGUUGCCACUUACUUAUUACUCAACACAAGCUGGCGCAUCUAAGACAGAGAAGCAACAAUCAAAAGGCGUAAUAGAGAAGGAUAAAGAAAGUAGCGAUGCACCGACACCAGAGAAGGAACUAGGGCCAAUGGCUCGGCGCUUAGAGGAAGCUACAGAGCAAGCCCUCUUCACUGGUGGAAGAGCCGGGCGUCGAGCUGUGGAGGAUGCGGGCUUCUCAGAGGAGCUCAAGGAGAGGCUUUUGAGCAAAAUUGCCGAUGCAGAAUUCAAAUCCGAACAUGCUAGUGCCUUUGCAGAAGCUGGCCUUUCAUCAUCAGUAGGUGAAGGCACACGGCAUAUUGCUUCAGUACAGGCAUGGACAGGGGAAGAGCAUACGGCGGAUACCGUACUUCGAAUGCUGGACGAUGCCAGAAAACCUCUUGCUCCUGGUUUGAGGGGAAAGUUCCAGCCGCCUCCUGUGGACAUGCGAUUGCGUGGACAAUCGAAACGAUCUGCUGGAGAAAAAGUCGCCAAAGCGAGGGACAAAGUGAACACCUAUGUUGGAAUGGGAGCCCAACAGCCAAAGAAUGGUAUGAGUGAGGAUGAAAAGGAGGCAUGGCGAAGGGAACUUCGAGAGCGCUUUGAGCCUGGGGCGAGAGCACUGCCAAAUACAAUCACGGGUCUUGCGGCCCUGGCAAACGAACGCAUCGAGAACGCCAUUGCGCGAGGGCAAUUCAAGAAUAUACCACGAGGAAAGGGCAUCGAGCGUGAUUCGCGCGCUGACAACCCCUUUAUCGACACGACAGAGUAUAUCAUGAAUAAGAUGAUUCAACGACAGGACAUAGUCCCGCCCUGGAUAGAGAAGCAGCAGGAGCUCGCAAAAGAGGCGGCGGUGUUUAGAGGCCGGCUACGUAAUGAUUGGCGGCGAUUGGCGGCUAGAACGAUUGCUUCUCGAGGCGGAUCGCUAGAGGAGCAGAUACGCAGGGCGGAAGAGUAUGCUGCUGCAGAAGAAGUACACAACCCGAUCAGAAGAAAAAAUUCCCUUGGGGAAGUAGAAGAGCUCAAGGCUGCCUCACCAGUGGUCGGAAGACCAUUUCGUGAUUCGGCGUGGGAGCAAGCUGAGGCGAGCUAUCUCAAACUAUCGAUCGAUCGCCUUAAUGCUCUGACGCGAAGUUACAACCUCAUGGCGCCAGACCUGGCAAAGAAACCAUAUUUUUCGCUUGAUCGGGAACUCAAGGCAUGUUUUGCCGAGGUUGCGCCUACGGUCGCUCGCGAGAUUCAGGAUCGUGCGACGGGUGGGAAGGCGAGGAGCUUGGGAGGAGGAGGCCAGGCGGGUAAGCAGACUGGCCUGUUGGAGACGUUGACUGGAAGCGAUAAAGUCAAGGUGCAUGUUGAAGCUCAAGAGAAGGCAUAUGGUCUGAAAGAGUGGUGGAGAGAUGUGUGGAAGAAAAACUGA